CCUGAAGAGACAGCCAGUCAAUCCCGCCUGCAAUGCAACGUGCAUUCCCCGUCCGCAAAUGCAACACCUUCUGUGCCGACCUGGCCGCCCCGGUCUCCAUCGUAUCCUGUAAGCGAGGAGGGGGCAAUUAAACGCCAUGCGAUACGAAUGCGCGUUCCUCCACUGGCUGCGAGCGGACCACCGACCGAAUGCCCGACCUGCGCAAGGUAUAAGAAUCCUGGUCAUCACCCGACGAUCAACCUCUUUUUUUCCCCUUUUUCUCGCAUCGUGAGAAUUCCCCAGUCUUCGAAAACGAUCGGUAGAACGGACAAUCACCGGAUUUUAACUCCCAAAACCCGUCACCAUGUUCACCAAGAAGAGCCUCCUCGCUUUCGUGAGCUGCCUGGCCAUGGCCGCAGCGGAGACCAGCACCGAGAAGUACCCAACUGCUGCCGAGAUUGCGGCUGCCCAGGCCUCGGUCCUGCCUUACUCGCCCGUCUCCAAUGUCAAGGGUCUGGCCUUUAACCGUUUUGUCGAUGUCUGGAUCGAGAACACUGACUUCUCCACCAGCGCCGGUGACAAGAACUUCGAGGCUCUAGCCAAGGAGGGUAUUCUGUUGACCAACUACUUCGCGGUCACUCACCCGUCCGAGCCCAACUACGCCGCCUCCGCUGCUGGUGACGACUUCGGCAUGGACAACGAUGACUUCCAGCAGAUCCCCGCCAACGUUUCCACCAUUGCCGACCUGUUCGACACCAAGGGCGUUGCCUGGGGCGAGUACCAGGAGGGUCUUCCCUAUGCCGGAUACCAGGGCUUCCGCUACCCCGAAAGCGGCGCGAACGACUACGUCCGCAAGCACAACCCCCUCAUCCUCUUCGACUCCGUCACCAACGACGCCGUCCGUCCUCGCCAGAUCAAGAACUUCACCUCCUUCUACCAGGACCUCGAGCACCACCGUCUGCCUCAGCACCUGUUCAUCACCCCCAACAUGACCAACGACGCCCACGACACCAACAUCACCUUCGCCGGUAACUGGCUCAAGAACUUCAUGGACCCCCUCCUCAAGAACGACUACUUCACCAAGGAUACCCUGAUCCUGGUCACCUUCGACGAGACCGCCUCCUACCUGCAGGAGAACCGCGUCUACUCCAUUCUCCUCGGUGGCGCCAUCCCUAAGCACCUCAAGGGCACCACCGACGACACCUUCUACACCCACUACUCCGUCAUCGCCUCUCUGAGCGCGAACUGGGGUCUCCCCUCCCUGGGCCGUUGGGACUGCGGUGCCAACUUGCUCAAGCUCGUUGCUGAGAAGACCGGCUACGUCAACUGGGAGGUUGACCUGGACACUAUCGCUGAGCACGAUUACUUCAACCAGACUGCCCCCGGUCCCCUGUCUGACAACGACUACUCCAAGUACACCUCCGAGUGGCCCGUCCCUGCUACUAGCGGCAGCUGCUCUGCCGGUCACGGUAUCCUGCACACCGUGAAGAAGACUUGGGCUGGUCUCAAGGCUACCUACAACUACACCAGCCCCGUUCCUUACAGCGCCCCUGCUGGUAUUAACGUUGGUGUCAAGUACACUCGUACUCUGAAGCACGGCAAGAAGGAGAGCGGCAUCACCAACUAAAUGUGCUAUUGGCAUUGAGUGGUGUAGAGUAUUCGGACCUUGAGCGGGUCCUGAUGAUCUCAUGUUAUGUUUUGAUAGAGUGUAUAUAAUAAUUGGCCAUGACGAACAUAUCUGACAUUGGAA